AUGAACACUAGAGCCAUGAUACCGCCGGAAUUUCACCCCGAUAUUGAAUCCGCGUUCAACCUUGACUAUGGGAUUGCCGCAUUACCGGCCGUUGCUGGCAUCGUGUCCAAUGUGUCGAUGGCCGAUCAAACACUGUUCUUAAGCCAGGACAACAUUAUCGCACGUGGGGUUAUUGCUCUCUCAGUCUUUGGAACCCUGUCACUUGUGGCCACUUUCCUUCUCAUUGCCUACAUGUGCAAGGGAAUGCUCCACCACUUUUACAGGGUCGGUACGUUGGCCGGUUACAGUCAGUCGGCCUCCCUCGUGCUGAAUCUUCUGCUCGCAGACUUUUUCCAAGGAGCCGCUUUUGCCGUCUCGUGGCAUUGGCUUAGGAUUGGCGCUGUUCUCUCUCCCAGUCGAACAUGUGUUUUCCAAGCCGUCUUUAUCCAGCUCGGGGAUAUUUCGUCAGGAGGGUUCUCAGUGGCCAUUGCCCUUCACACCUUGUAUUGCCUUCCGGUGAUGGGGAGGGCAAGAACCCUUUCCGGUCGGUGGUUUGUGGUUGGAAUUGCCUUCACUUGGAUAGUGUCGAUCAUUCUGACCGUGAUUGGGCCUGUGACUCAUGAGCAUUCCUUUUUUGCACGGGCUGGGGCUUGGUGUUGGAUUUCCGAUCGAUAUGACACCAGUAGACUGACCCUUCAUUAUCUCUGGGUAUUCAUCUUCCAAUUCGGCCUCAUCCUCGUCUAUAGCAUUGUCCUCAUCCGACUAUUCCGGGUGUCCAACGAUAGGAACAACUUCCUUCAUACCACCGAUCUCGCUAGCCGAAUCGCACGGAACAUGGCUCUUUAUCCAGUCUUUUACUGUGGUCUCACGAUUCCUGUGGCUGUCGUCCGCAUGGUUGCUAUGUCAGGAUCCACAGCGCCUACUGGAUUAUAUAUAUUCGCCGGCUGUUGCCUUACAUCAAUUGGCUGGGUAGAUGCGAUCCUGUAUGGGUGGACACGGCACCUAGUUCGAUUCGACAGCCGUCCGUGGCGCCGAGAUACGAAUUCAGCCUCGCGAUCCAAACCGUCAUCGGGUUCAGGAGUGGCGACCCUCCCACCAACUCCUCGCACACCUGACGUCCCUCUUAUACCCCUCUCCAAUCAUUCCCACUCCUCCAUCGACGGCCGGGAGUCGUCAUCAGAUGUUGGUUCUUCGUCCGUGAACCACCAGGCGAUACCCACGACGCACAAUCCCGACUCCAGGGGGGUUUCAUUUGUGACGGGGUCAUCCGCCGAUCUCGCCGCUUCUCCGUCCAGUCAUAAUGCAGAUUUCCUUCCGCCUACUUCGUCUGUGAAUCACCAGCAGAUGUUCACAACACAGUGUCAUGACUCUAGGAGGGUUUCCUUUGUGACGGGGUUAUCCACCGAUCUAGGAGCUUCUUCGUCCGGCCAUCAUGCAAAUGCCCUUCCGCAUAAUGUCCCCGCUCGGACAACUGUCAUUACUGGUGGCGCGGAGAACCAUACGGCAUGUGAUACUAAUUCGGGCAUCACACAGCCUUCUCAGGCACGCUCGACCACACCAAGAUUGUCAAGGUUAUCGGAUUCGAACUCACCAGACAUGCACGUGUAUAUUGAAAAGACGGUCGAAGUCACUAUAGAAGAGGCGUGA